UAUAUAUUUUAUUACAACAAAAAAUGUAUUGAUCGUCUAACUCAUCAAUAUUCUCGUUAAUAUUAAUAAUAUUUUGUGAUGUACUGUGGAAAGUAACACCAGCUUUUACUUGAUGUUCUUCAUCAUCAUUUAAUGUUAAAAGUUUGAUCAGAUCGACUUUAAUAGCAAGAUACCAUCUUAUACACCCAAAAAACCUUGCAGAUUCAUUGAGUAAAAUAUUAAAAAUUCUAUCUUUUAAUUGAUUUAAAAUUAGACUUACAUCUACUUCAUUAUUUCUAAAGCUUAUUCUAUAUCUAAUAAUAUUGCUAUUGAUAGCAGUGACCCGCUUAACUUUAAAGUCAAUCAUUUCAACACUCACCCUUUGAGAUUGUUGUGUUAAUGAAGACGUGAUAACACGCGCGCGCUAGAUGUUUGCUGAUACUGAAUCGCUGUUUCUCGGAGCCGAGUUGAUUCUCUCUUGGAGUCGAGUAGUUUCUCUCUUGGAGUCGAGUAGAUUCUCUCUCGCUAAGUCGAAACUCUCUUCGAUUCUCUCCGACUCGUGCUAACUGCAAUGAUGAAGACGGGAGGGGAAGUCUUGUUAUCGGCUUACUGAAUCAGGCGACUGUUUUGUUCGUGUAUAAGAUAUGAUUGUUACUGUUUCUCAAUGUCUUACUGUAAAUAUAAAUUUGAAAAUAGUUGAAAUUACUGAAGCUAUAGUUGAAUAAGAAAUAGAGUAAGUAUUAAUGUAUGAUGUAAGACUUGUCAAUGAAUUCAAAGCUAUAUGAUGUUCUAAACAGUUGUUAUACUAUCAAGUCUAAUGAAUAAAUGAGAAAUCGGGCUGCAUACGAUUGAUUCUAUUUAUAUGUUAUUGUAAAUGGGAAGAGAAUAAAUUUUUCCCUUUUCCCACAUUUCUGGUUAGCUGAUGAACAAUGUUCUUCCUAGUUCUAUCCUUUUCUUUGUAUUAGAUGCAGAGCGAGGUGAACGCAUUCGCGUCAAUGAUUUCAACUUCACGUUGAAAAGAGACAAGCAAUAUCGACUUCUUUGUUAGAUGCACUGUACUUGAAUGCAGUCUAAUCAUGUAUAUCAUAAAGACAGGAAAUUCAGUACAUAGGCUUAACUGUACUUACAAGUAGCAUUAACAUAUACAACUUCUAAUUUAAGUACAAGGAUGUGUUAGCCUUGCUAUUUUCAUCAAGGUAAUGAAAUACACCCCUUCCAAUUCAGAAUUACGGAAGACGAUAUCCCACCAUUAGAUUUCAGAGUGUAGAAGGAGAAAAUUUUUAGUAUAAAAGCACUCAAAGUUUUGAUUUGAAUCAUAGUAUUCAUCUGAUGAAAAUGUCAUCUACUAGCACUACUGAUUCGACCAAGAACGUUGCUAUGGAUCAGCCAAUGGUAACAUACUCGAGUGUAGCAGCUACACCGAAGAUGACGUCUUCGCCAGCUCCUUCGACAAUACCGCAGAUACCGUGGGGAUUCCCGUAUAAUAUAUGGAGCAAUCCUCAUCUUUUCAAUCAAGCAUUUCCCGGAUUAGGAAUGAUGCAAACCAUUCCCGGUCCGGUUGCACCUUCACCACCAGGAUUUCAACCGAUUGCAUCUUCUCCUCCUAUCACCGAACCGUCUACUAUCUCAAAAGCGUCUACUUCCACGCCUGCUGACGAGACAACUUCUUCUCCUCUCAUCUCCGAGCCGUCCACGUCUACUAUCUCAAAAGCGUCUACUUCCACGCCUGCUGACGAGACAACUUCUUCUCCUCUCAUCUCCGAACCGUCCACGUCUAUCAUCUCGAAAGCGACUACUUCUUCAGCUACCAUCACAAAACCGACUACACAUGGUCCUAUUGUUGACGAGGAGACCGCUGUCACGAGGGUGAGUAAAUCUUCAUCCUCAUCAAGUUCGGAUGAGCUUGAUGAGGAUGAAGCAACUUUUUCUGUUAAAAAAUUUAAUUGUGCACAAACAUAUGUAGCAAAACGUUGUAUAUCUGCACAAACAUUAAGUACCGUAUUUGAAUACCCUAUUAUAAAAGCUAGAUUUGUGAAGACUCAGUGGGGGGAUAGCUAUAUUCUUCAUUUAUUGAAUCAAAAAAAUAAAGAAAUUAGUAUUUUCCUCCCAAGGAGAUAUUCGUGCUGGCUAAAUAAAAAAAACUUAGAUUCAUUUAACAGAUCAAAAUUAAAACUAAAAGCAAAACAUCGACUAGUAAACAGAGUGAUAAAAGGGAAGGAGUUAUCGGUAACGGUUACUGACCUCACACUAAUAGACUGUACCACCUAAACUCUUGAAAGGAUAUGAUAACAAAAUUUAAACUAAAAGCUUAGAUUCAUUUAACAGAUCAAAAUUUAAACUAAAAGCAAAACUUUAUCUUUUCUGUGACAGAUCAAAAUUAAAACUAAAAGCAAAACAUCAUCUUUUCUGUGAAUAAAUUUAAUUGUGCACAAACAUAUGUAGCAAAACGUUGUAUAUCUGCACAAACAUUAAGUACCGUAUUUGAAUACCCUAUUAUAAAGGCUAGAUUUGUGAAGACUCAGUGGGGGGAUAGCUAUAUUCUACAUUUAUUGAAUCAAAAAAAUAAAGAAAUUAGUAUUUUCCUCCCAAGGAGAUAUUCGUGCUGGCU